AUGAGCCUCUUGAGCCUUCAAAUCAAGACCGAGAGCCUAGUGUUUACGCAAUUAAAAGCAACGCAUGCCAUUUCUCGUCAGGCCUUAUGUUCGGUCGCACUCGCUUCCUUCGACAUUGGCAAAGCGACACGUGCAACUCCUCUGCCCAGGUGCAGGUACCAGCUGGUUUCUGUCCAAGAUGCCAAAGCAAACACCAAACUCUGCCCAGACUGA